GAGGGGUUAAAGAGCGGCGCCAGCAUCCCAGGCUCUGUUUAGUCUGGACCUUGUGCUGGAGACGGGGCUGAACAGCCACCAGCACGGCCAGCAUCCAUCGCUGGUGCUGUGCAGCCCCCAUCCAGCCCCCUGCCCACCCUUGGGCUGCAUUGCUGUCAGGCUGGGGGGGGCAUCACCCCCCCAACUCCUCAUCCCACCCUGAGCACUCACCGUGGGCUGCUUCGAGGUGACACAUGGCUCUGUCCCUGUGCCAUCCCAUUUGGUACCCAACAGGGUCCACGUCCCCCUCCGGCCCUAUGCAAUGGCCCCAUAGGGAGGGGGGCCGUGGGGUGCCCUGUAAUAGGGUGACGUGUAGGGCUGUGCGAUGCCGUGCUUUGCAGGGGAGCAGCGCCAUGUCCCUGGGUGCUCCGAGCAGCAGCGACGCCUGUCUGAGCAUCGUGCACAGCCUGAUGUGCCACCGGCAGGGAGGGGAGAACGAGAGCUUCGCUAAGAGAGCCAUCGAGAGCCUGGUCAAGAAGCUGAAGGAGAAGAAGGACGAGCUGGAUUCGCUCAUCGCGGCCAUCACCACCAACGGGGCCCAGCCCAGCAAGUGCGUCACCAUCCAGCGCACCUUGGACGGGAGGCUACAGGUAACAACCCCCCCCCUUCCAUCACCCCAUCCCUGUGUAUCCCCUCUAUCUAAGGAGACCCAACAGGUAACACCCCCCCCUUAUCUCACCCCAUCCCUGUGCACCCACCCAGUGUUUGACCUGCGUCAGUGCCACCGGCAGAUGCAGCGACAAGCGGCCACAGCUCACGCUGCUGCUGCAGCUCAAGCGGCUGCAGUGGCUGGAAACAUCCCGGGACCCGGAGCGGUGGGAGGGAUCGCCCCGGCUGUGGGGCUGUCGGCGGCGGCCGGGAUCGGAGUCGAUGACCUGAGACGUCUGUGCAUCCUCCGGUUGAGCUUCGUGAAGGGCUGGGGACCCGAUUACCCGCGUCAGAGCAUCAAACACACGCCGUGUUGGAUCGAGGUGCAGCUGCACCGAGCGCUGCAGCUCCUGGAUGAGGUUCUGCACGCGAUGCCGGCGGCUGAGCACGGAACGAUGAGAUGAAUGGGGGGAGAUGGGGGGGAAAUGGUGAAAAAUGGGGAGAAAGUGGUGAAAAAUGGGGAGAA